AUGCCUGAUCCGAAGACUCCCUCCAUUCCGAGCUGGCAACUGGCCGCAAACCGUGCCGCGAAAACCCAGGAGGAUACUCCUCCAAGCUCCCCUAACGAGAGCCCAUCAGCAGAUAAGGAGACCUUGCUCGAGCAAGCAUCGCAAUUCUUGCAGGAUGAGUCGAUACGUAAUGCUCCUACGGAUCAGAAAACUGCUUUUCUUGAGUCCAAAGGCCUAAAACAAGACGACAUCAAGAAACUUCUCGGUGUAUCGACGCAUCCAGAGGCGGCAGAGGACAAGAAAGAAGAACCGGCAGCCACAAGUCCAACUUCAGAGGAGCAAUUUACAUCGUCUAAGAAGCCCACGUCUGAGAGUCCCCCCAUUUCUUCGUCUUCGACACUACAGCAGAAUUCUGCUCCCACUCGCGAUAUUCCCCCAAUAAUAACCUAUCCCGAAUUCCUCGCCCAGGCUUCAAAGCCCCCUCCGCUCGUAAGCCUCCAAACGGUCCUAUAUACGUUAUAUGGCGCUGCGGGUCUCGCAUCUACUAUGUAUGGCGCAAGCGAAUUUUUAAUCAAGCCCAUGAUUGCCUCCCUUACCGGCGCGCGACAUGAACUUGCAGAAACAGCACAACGAAACCUUGAAACCCUAAACGAGAAAUUAGAAUUAAACGUUUCUACAAUACCUCCAGCGGCAAUGAAAUCACGAAAACACGCAUCGUCGGACGAGGGAGAGGCGGGAGAAGCAGAUUCAAUCACCUCAGACCCAACAGAGCUUUUCCACAGGGACAUCGCUACCCAAACCAGUCCAGAACUCGAGAACCCCCCUUCGACGUUACCGAAACCAGACUCUCUCACGGAAUCCCAAAAGGCACUAGACACCCACGUCUCCCGCCUUAGCUCCAUAUCCUCCCAGCUCAACGACAUCCUCUACGCCGAAAUGCAAAACGAUCUCUCGAUCAACAACGUCAAGGACCGUAUUUCCAACUUGCAGACCUACCUUGAUAGCCUAGCGUACAGCUCCCCAUCCUAUCUAAGUUCGUCUUUGUAUGGAACGUAUGGCGAUGACUCAAAGGGGGAUAAGCAGGGCAUGUCAAGUGGAGAAGCGGAUGCAAUAGCCGCAUUCAGAGCAGAGGUCAGGAGCGCCAAAGGUGUUUUGUUGAGCGCAAGGAACUUCCCGGCCGGAGUACGCGGGGGCGUCCGUGGGAUGACGAGAAGUGCGACUGCUUCGCAGGGUGCGUGA